CUCAGCUUUCGACACUGUUCGCAGUGGGUGCUCAGUUGGAGUGUUUGACACUGGAUGAAUUCAUUCCUUUUUAAGCAAUCAACGAAGUCUGUCCUUAUCUCCAUCCGCAACAAAGCUAUCCGCGAGUCCUUCCGCCAGUUCCUUCGGUUCCUGUGGACAACAUUGGAGUUUUUGUGCUGGUUGUUACGCCGCAGACCUGACGACUUAAGCACCCGUGCUCCAACUCGACUACUGUCCGUCCUUGACAGUUCAUGUCACACAUUGUUGGGAAGCUCGUUGGCUGGUGGGCUGGAGAACAAGAGCAUACGACGCCUGACAUGCCCCAGAUGUAUCCCAGCCCGUUCGACCCAUCCAUUACCCUCGACGAUUCGCGGUUCUCGCGUCGCAAGUCAAAUGUAUUGGAUACACUGUUGCCACCGUCUAGCUCAUCUGUCGCUCUACGGUCAGGGCUUCUCCUACACCUUCUCCCCCGACGAAGUCCUCGAAGUCAGGCUCUUCUUCUUCAGUCCGAGCGUACUCCUUCGAACCCAGCAGACAACCAUCUUCGUUCGCUGACCGCAAGCCGGCACCCCACUCUUCUGCGACUACCACCUCCCAAAGUUCGCCACGAUCGAGCGCUAAGCCUGAUCCAGCGAAGUUCACUUUCAGCGACAUGCCUCCCCCCUCCAGCGCAGCAAAUCCUUUUGCGUUUGAAUCCUCGGCCACGUUCUCGAAAUCUACACCCAAGAAGGUAUCUGUCUAUCCGACCUCUGCAUAUGUGACUCCCGACGUCACCCCAGCUCGUCAACCCGCUCGCACCGCGCCCACGACUCCAGCUCCCUUCAGUACUUCGGUAUCUUCCCAGUCUACUCCGCCUAGGCAAACCAAUUCAUCUGGAGCACGGACGUCAUACCCUACUCCGGAGUCCAACCCUUUCAAGUUCGAGGCGAAGCACAAGGUCUCUUCCGCGCGUCCGAGAGAUACGAAACCCAUCCCCGCUCCUAACUUCACCACCACGAGCAACACCAGCUCCGGGACGUCGAACUAUAACUCUGCGUCUCGGACGAAAGGGCGUAACGGAGGCUCGAAGUCCACGCAUCUCACUUCGACAGUCUUCGAGGACUCGGAUAAGGAAGACGAAUACACCUCUUCGUCUACGCUAGUAGCCACUCCUAGUGAAGGAACACGCGCCUUCGGUCUUGCCUCGCCACCUACUUCUCCCGUUUCCUCUCGUCGGCUCGGCACGACCUCUGCCAGUGCUUCCCAGUAUAGGUAUCCUUCCUCCUCAGCUGCCAGUGCUGGGUCAGCAUAUCGUACUUCUCCUCGCACGUCCGCGACACCGAGCAUGUCUGCAUCUGAGCCGUCGUAUACGUUCAAGAAGAGUGGAGAGAAGUUGAAGUCGUACCAAGCUAAGGAUCUGGAGAGACUGGUAAAGAGGGAGAAGAGCGAGAAUAUACCGGGGGUAAACAGUAACGUUGGGACGCUGUUGGCUUAUCAGAUGGGACUUGGGAAGACUCCGGUCGCCAUCGCACUCAUAUGUGCCCAUCCUCUUUCUGGACCAACUUUGGUUAUCUGUCCGAAUAAAGCAAUGAUCGAUCAGUGGGUGGGAGAAGUGGCGAAGUUCGCCCCGGAGCUGAAAGUCGCCAUUCACCAUGGUCCAAAAAGAUCCAAAGAUCCUCGGGUAUUUGCAGACAGACAUGUGGUGAUUACAACGUAUAACCUUUUGUGGCGACAAUACAAGGCACUCCAAGCGGACCUCCAACGUCUCAGAAGGGACGAUUAUCCUAUGUGGAACGGGAUGAAGUGGUGUCGCGUGAUUCUGGACGAGUCUCAGAAUAUGAAGAACUCGGCUACGUUGACUGCUGCCGCGUGUUGUGCUCUCGUGAAGGAUCAUGGGCUGUUGCUCAGCGCUACACCGGCUCAGAAUGCCUUGGAGGAGGAUUUGAAGUCCACAUGGCGGUUUCUCAAUGUGCCGCUAUCUGUUAGGUCCAGCGAUGCGCGUCUCUCUGAAUAUUUCAUUCGUCGGAAAACGGACGUCCUACAUGACCUUCCUGGUCUUCAUGAACACACCAUAAAUCUCAGAUUGACCCCGGUCGAGCAAUCGGUAUACGACUUCGUUACCGCCAUGAGGUACCACAGUCUUGCCCGUAUGACACGACAGAGUCAAGUGACGAGUCACCCAGCGCUCAUCAAGGGAUCUCUUCGACAGCGUGGCGUUUCUGAACAGACUCUCGGAGGCGAGGAGGGCCCGUUUGACGUGGGGUUUGAGUCCACGAAGAUCCAGGCCGUCAUGGAGGUUUUGGAGGAGAUUCGGCGUAGGCCGGGGAACGAAAAGACUAUCGUUUUCUGUCGAUUCCUACUCACGUUGGAUAUCUUGUUCGACUUGUUGGAAACAAGAGGAUAUGGGUGCACCUUAUAUAACGGCGAGAUAGGCGCUGCCGCACAGAAUGCGGCGCUUGCUGAGAUCGCGACAGACCCUCGUCGUACCGUUCUCUUGAUGUCUAUUGGCGCUGGCGGGGCAGGACUGAAUAUCACGUCGUGCAACAAUGUAAUCAUCACUGAACCGAACUGGAAUCCCUACAGGGAGGAGCAAGCAGUCGGUCGGGCGCAUAGGAUCGGGCAGACGAAGGAUGUUCAUGUUUACAGUUUGGUCGCGGAACAGACGAUCGACAGGCGUAUCACUGAGGUUCAGACGAAGAAGAGAAACAAGAUCGAUCCAUAUAUGGAGCGGAUGACUGCGAUGACUCGUUGAAGGCGAUUAAAGUCUAGGAGUACGUUACCGUUGAUAUGGAGAACAAUUUUCUUGGACACCAUUACUACUGAUGGGACGAACACUUUUUGAUAGUUUCUUGUACGCUGCUUACAUGCAGACAGAUCCUUCCGUUGCAAUAUACGAUAUAUGCUUACCGG